AUGUCAUACUUUCUUCAUUUGCACCGCAGCUUUGAUAUUCAACUCUCCCCUGUGGCAGCUUCUAUUAUUGAUUGGGCACCAACUCAUCGUGGUAGUAGAUUCUGCUCUGACGUUUCAUCCGAUUUUGCCUCCUCUGCAGAUUGUAAUUCUUCUGUUGUUGGUACUACUAGUACUACUACUACUACUGGUAGUGGUAGUGGUAGUGGUGUAGUGGAUAAUUGUAGGCAAUUAUCUCGAAAUGAGCGAGAGGGAGGAGAUGGAGUGCGACGACGUGCACCGCUUCCCUCCUCUGUAAGUCAACACUCGGUGGAUGGCUCUAUGGGACGAUUCUCGGAGACCGUUGGGAAUAGGAGUCGUAAAGGUACUUGUGUUGAUCUGGCUCUCUCGGAUAGACGUGGUGGAACAUUGACUGAGAAGGGGUCUCAUAUUAUCCCACGAUUUCACAUUAGUCAACGUCAAGUACUGGUGAACUCUUACGCAUCUAUGCCCCUUGUUAGUCGCGAAAGUAUUCAUGUAAACGCUGGAUUAUUUGCCGCUUUGGGUAUGACGAAUGAUGUUUUUUCUUCUUCCGCUACCUCAUCCAUUUGGCGGCCGCUAUUUGAUGCAAACGAGGUUUUUCAGUUAGAGUGUAUUUGCAGCCGAAUGCAGUGGGCUGUUGUGGUAAAUGCCGUUUUUUUUUCAUGGAGAACAAGCACACUACCGCUUUGUGAAAUUAUCGGUAUAACUCCAACCACAGAUUGGUCAAUACAAGCGGAUAAACUAUUAAUUAAUUGGAGUGGAUUUUGGCGUCUCUACGUGCGAGGCAAUAGGUCGCGGAGCAACUCACUUCUUUCCAUGAACUCACCUGCGGAGCGAUGCACGCCCAGUGAAAAUAUAGAGAAAGUUGAAAAUAACUCAUCUCGAGGUUCAGUUCGUGAUGUCACAACUAGUAUCGAUACUACCAGUACUACUACUACUACUACUACUACUACUUCUACUGUCUCUAUUGGUGUUUCUAGUGGUUCUUCUUCGACAGUUGUAAGUGCAGUUGAGGGAGUUAGAAAAGAUGAGCAGCAUCGAGGUACAGACUCAAAUAGAGAUCAUAAUGACUUUUCACGUGGGAAUAACGAUAAUAACAACAGCAACAACAACAACAAGAAUUUAGUCAAGAACCCCACUGUCGUAGAUAUUACUUCCACUGGGGACAGUGCAAAACUAUCUGAGAAGGGUGGAAAUACCACCGAUAUUGCUUUCAACUAUCGUGUAAAUGAAGGUAAAGCGACAUCUUCCACAGACUGUAUAAACACGUCUAAAUGGUGGUAUCUUGAAGAACUUCGCUGUGGUGCCGGAUUUGCUGUGAAAAAUGAUUUAGCAAGCGGUGUAAAUGUGUAUUUUGGUUGUAGUGGUCACUUUGGUCGGGCAUUAACGUUUUCCACACACGUUGAUGCCCUUCGUCGUGCGUGCUGUUCAGUAACCACCACCACCGCAUCGCUAGAACUCGCCGCACGAUUGCGGAUGAAUCUAAUUACAUGGCAUCGUACAGAGUUGGAUGCUGGUGUUGGUUGGCGUCCACUCAAACAUGUCCCUGGUAUUACAUGCAGACUCUCACACUCUAUGGGCCGUCUCUCUAUUGGUGUUAGUGUAAAGGAUCUAGCGGCUCAAUAUAGGACUUUUAUGCGUUGGAAAGAAGGGUGGUGGUGGCAGCAACAGCAGGGAGCCGGUGAAGAGAAAUUAGGAGAUAAGAGUAUAGUGCAUAAAGGUGUGGACCUCAAAAAGAAUGUUUCUGCUGCUGCUCCAGCAACAACAAAAGCAACGACAACAACAAUAAAAACACCAUUAGCAGGAGAGGACGCUUCUUGGUAUAGUUCAUACGUUGGGUGGCUGAAUUGGGUAAGUACACCGUUCGGUGGUGGGGCUGCAGUGUCUGCCGCUCCUGUUACAACUGCUUCUACUGCUGAUCCAACGAGAAACAUCUCAGUAGAUAGACUUGGUUUCCGUGAGCGUCUCUCGCAGGCAGUGCGAAUGGGAUUUCAUUACGCGGAUGAUUUAUUAUGCCAAACGGAACUUGACCUUACGAUGGGAGUGGCUGCAGAUCGGCCACAGUCACGGGCACUAAGACUCUUUGUUAGUCUCUCAGCCCAUUAG